ACACGUUGAUGCUGGAGGAGAAGGAGCGGAAGGAGAGGGAGCGGCGCAACGAGAUCAUCGCGGAAGCAGAUGAGUUCAAGAAGUCCUUCCUCGACAAGCGCAGGAUGAACUGCGACACGAAGCGAACGCAGAACAGAGACAGGGAGAAGCUGUCCCUGGCGAACCAGGACAGGUUCCGCAAGGAGGCGGACCGGCAGAACUGCUGGAAGGCGAUCGCGGAGCUGGUGCCGCACGAGAUCCCGGGGCUGGAGAAGAGGGGCAAGAAGAAGGAGCAGGAGCGCAAGCCCGGCAUCGUGGUGGUGCAGGGACCGAAGCCCGGCAAGGCCACCGACCUCUCCCGCAUGCGCCAGGUGCUCAUAAAACUCAAGCAGAACCCACCGGCGCACAUGGUGCCGCCGCCGGCCAAGACGGAGGAGGGGAAGAAGACGGAUGGCGAGAAGGACGCCAAGAAAGACGGCAAAGAUGCCAGCAAAGACGGUAAGAAGGAUGGUAAGCAGGCAGCUGGAGACGCCGAGAAGAAGACGGACGUCGGCGAGAAGGCGGCCGUGAGCGCCAAUGCUCCCCCGGCGGCAACUGGAGCGCCGGCAAGCAAGGAACCAGAGCAACCGGUGAAGAAGUGAUU